AUGAAGUUGCUAAAGCCGCGAUUUUCUAGAAGUGGUCGCCAGCGCAAUCCUAUGAGCGUCCAUGUCGCCAGACUGCUCUGCGAGCAGUCUCAAGAUAUGCGGACAUUCACUUCACUUUUGGCUGUCUGGAUGAUAACUGGAUGCUUCGCUGACAAUAUCCUGGUAUUUUUACCAGUUACACUGAGGAGUCAUUACACUCAAGUGGAACCUUUAUUUCAAGCCUUAGCGCUCCGAGGUCACAAUGUUACCGAAGUCAGCCCCUAUCCACCAAAAAGAAAAAUUAUCAAUCUCACCCACAUCUUUUAUCCACCGACAUCGCCCGGAAACUUGAUGGGAAACCAAUUCGAAAUGGCUCAAUCAAAGCCACAAGGACCUUUCUUAAGACAUUGGUCCAAGGAGGUUUUCGCUGAUACUUUAAUUCCACCAGUCCUAGAGUCCUCGGUUUUCAAGGAUGUAACUCAGGGAGACACUCGCUUUGACUUGAUAUUCACGGAAGUUUUCUUCUUUCAAGAAGCUUUUGUCGUUCUUGGUCAAAUUUUCAACGCCCCCAUCGUGGCAUUCUCUAGUAAUGGUUACAACAUCGAUUUCCUGAGUAUUUUUGGUGCACCGACUGCCGCUGCUUACUUGCUGGAUAAACUCGGGCUCGCUCCCCCGAUGAAUCUCGCGGGAAGGUUGCAGAACGUUUGGGAGCAGUAUGCGAGUCUAAUUUACCACGAAUUCUAUUACUACCCAUUGUAUGACGUAGUGCUAUCUCACCACGUCCCGGGGUCGAUUCCUCGCAUCUCUGAUAUGUUGAGAAACGUUUCGCUCGUUUUUCUGACAGGAAAUGUCGCCGUCGAUGGCGCUAAACUCUACCCGCCGAACGUCAUCGAGAUAUCUGGGCUGCACUUUCAAAACCCGAGGCCACUGGAUGAGGAGCUGGCAGAAGUUAUGGAAACAUCCAAACAAGGUGUAAUUUUCUUCAGUUUAGGGACGAUUUUGAAGACGGAUCUGCUUCGAACGGAAGCAAUCCACACUUUCCUGACUGUUUUCAAAGAAUUGAACCAAACGGUGCUAUGGCGAGCAGACUCAAAUAUCAACGAUUGGGAUAUCCCGAAGAAUGUUCUUGUGAGAGAUUGGUUCGACCAAAAUAGUAUUUUAGCACACAACAACUGCCUAUUGUUCCUAACUCAUGGAGGAAUUUCGAGCACCAUGGAAGCCAUCCGACACGCCGUGCCGAUGGUUUUGAUGCCAAUUUUCGGCGAUCAGGACGUAAAUGCUGCAAAUGCUGAAAUGCGUGGCUAUGGACUCCGCAUUUUCUAUAAUAAUUUAACUGAAACUUCCUUACGAUUGGCCAUAGAAACAGUAUUGGGAGAUUCUCGGUUCAAAAAAAGCAUCAGAUUAGCCUCUAAAAUUAUGACUGAUCAACCGAUGACAUCCCUAGACACUGCGAUAUAUUGGAUGGAAUAUGUAAUCAGACACAAAGGUGCUCAUCAUUUGAAACCGAUAUCUGUUUCCAUGCCAUUGUACCAAAUUUUGUUGCUAGACGUGAUUGCGGUGUAUUUUACAGCGUUUUUGGUGAUGAUGCUCCUAAUUGUAAAACUAGUCAAAUUUAUUUGUAAAAGGCGUGACCAAAAA